UUUAUAAUUUAAUUAAUGUGUUUUUAUUUUUCUUUAUAUAAAAAAGGAAGCUCAUGUCAUUUUUAUAUGCAGAUAGAAUCAAAGGACAAUGGAUAUCUGAUAGUGGCGAUAAGUUGAACAUAUCUGCUCAAUCCGAACCUGGUCUUUUUACAGGAUCCAACUGUCAUUCUGAGAUUAUUGGACACAGUGAUGGCAGUGAUGAUUUUGAAGCUCUUGGAUUUGUAUCCCCUCAAACAUCUAAGAAAUUUAAAGUUUGGGCAGGUCAUCUCUAUGAUAGUGGCACAGAAAAGAAACUGGAAACCUCAUGGCUGACACAUGAAUUUAGAAAGGAUUGUCAGAAUCCCCGUCACCUCGUCCAUUUCGGAGUAGAUCAUUACAGUCAUGCUGGUAAAAAUGAAGGCUCAGCACUGAAAGAAGAAUCCCUUUUGGAGAAAAUCAAGAAUUUUUUCAGAUCAGUGUUUUGAAUUGUCAAUAAAAACCAAUGCUUAUGUUUUCUAGAAGACUUUACACGUGUAUUAUUUGUUUUAAAGAAUAAUAACAGGAUGAUUUUAUACGUGUAGAAGUACUAAAAUAUUAACUAUGCUUUAUAAAUAAUUUAUGUUGCAAUAAAAGUUUAAUUUUUUCCAUGA